AUAUGAAAAAUAGAUUCCUACAACUUAAAUAAAAACUUAAUAAUUGGAAGUGGAUUGAAUGUCAAGUAACUCUCCACUCUCAAACUAACUAACUAGAAUCCUAUCGUCUUCUUGAAACCAACUAUAAAAUGAUGUAAGAUUGUAAAGUUGUUGAAGAAUCACUCCAAUUCAAUAUACAAAUGUAGAAAUCUUUCAAUUUCUCAAAACGUAUAGGGUGGAAUUGGCACAAAAGCUGGAAACUUCCAGAAAUCAUUGUUAAACCCAUUCUAAAUAGUUAUAAAUUAUAUACUAAAGGCUUAAGAUGCAGAUUGAUUUGUGGCUAUGUUGAGGAUGUAUCUACAAUUCGACAAGUUGAACUAGAAGGAAAUACAGAAAAACUAUAUACUGAAGACAUCCAAGGCUUUUAAUUCGAAAAUAUUAAGUUCAGUUCAACUUCGUAUAAGCUGGAAGUUUUUACUUAUCCAUAUUUUUAGGGUGUCCAUUUUCAUGUCAUAAUUGAGAUCUAUAGGCGAGAUGACAUCUUCUCAACCGAAAUAACAAUUAAAUCAGUCAUCUCUCCUCCGAUUUUUGUCGAUUCAAGGAAAGCUGCCAGAAAUACCAAGAGAUUUGAUUAUUAGAAAAUAAUGUCAUUGAUUCAGCCUUUUCAUCCUUUCACUCUCAAAAAAUAACUUAUUGUUAGAUCUGAUAAAUCGAAAAUAUUAAAAAUAGAAGAUACUCUUGAAGGAAUUAACAACUAUUUAAUGGCUUAAAAUAUUAGAAAUAAGUGUAGGCACCCUUACUUUCUAGCCCUAAAAUUUAGAUCAGUCUUUGAUCUAUAUUAUAAUUCGAAUCAAUAUUCUUCUCAAUUGAGUUUAGAACAAUUACUUGUUAGAAUAUAAUAAUGCUUAGUUGAAAGUUUGAAUUCGCACUAGAAUCAAUAAGUCUUAUUGUUAAAGAUGAAGUAUUCCAAUUACAGUGAACUUGAUAUUGGAUUCUUUAGUAAUAAUUUGAGUCAAUUAUAAAAUAAUGUCAUACAAGUUGUUGUUAGUGCUUAAAUAGAUAAGAAUUGGAUAAAAAUCAAUGCAAAUGAUUUAAAUACUAUAUAUGCAGAGAAGUAUUCAAUGUUUCCAAGGGUUUCAUCCUCAGAUUAGAUGUAAAUGAAAUAAUAUUUUGACAUAUCGUCGGAUGAAAGUGACUCAGAAGUUUGUUGUCAAAAUGAUGUAAUUCAUUCUCUUGAUUAUAAUAAUAGGAAUAAAUUGAAUUGGGUAAAUAAUAAAAUCUACUGGAGUUUUAUGAAACAAAAAUAGAGAUCCAAAAAAAGAAAGUUUGUCUAUGA